AUGUCCUCCUCUCGGUACGGCGCGGCCUACCGCAAUGGCUCCUAUGGACGACAGGAUAGACCGGAUAGACCAGACCGGCCCGACAGACAAGAUGGGCCCGAUUAUGACCCCUUUGGUGACGGCUACACGAGCGGCGCACCCCCUCAGCACUUGAACCCGAGACGACCGCCCAUCGAAGCCGCCCGCUUUGCCUCCUCCUCGAGACGCGCCGAUGAGUCCAAUGCCGAGCGCCAGAUCGCCCAGGUGCUGGACCACAUCAAGACCGAAUGGCCGGCUAUGAUACAGGACGACUGCAUACCAGUGUCGCUGGCCCUGCAGUUGUUGGACGUCAGCUCUGUCGGCCGAGCCCACGAGUACAAGAACUUCAAGAGGACGCAUCAGUACCUGCAAGACUCGCUGAAGGGGAUAGUCCACGAGCACCACCAAGGCUUCAACAGUUCCAUCGGUACCUUCCACAAGAUCCAAGGGAGUAUACAAGCGUCGCAGAAGCGCGUGCGCACGCUCAAGGAGUCGCUGGCCGCCUCGCGAAACAGCCUUUGCAGCUCGGACCCAGAGCUGAAGAAGCUGUACAAGUCGUCCCAAAUGUACGAUGAUGUCCUGCAAACGCUCAACGAACUCGAGGACCUACGGACAGUGCCCGACCAACUCGAGGCGAGGAUAUCCGAGAAGCGCUUCUUGACUGCCGUCGAGGUCCUCCACAAUGCCUUGCGCAAGCUGCGAAAACCCGAGCUCGACGACAUAGGCGCCCUGAGCGACCUCAGAAAUUACCUCGCAAACCAAGAGACGGCGCUGAUGGACAUAUUGGUCGAGGAACUACACGAACACCUAUAUUUGAAGUCGCCUUACUGCCAGGAGCGGUGGCAGACUCUGUCCAAGAACCAAGGCGUUUACAACGAGAAUUACGGUGACUCGGCCUCCGCCGUUCCAUUUCACAUGGUCUUGGAUACGAUGGACCAUGACCAUCCAGUCGUGGAAGACCCGUCAAAGAACCCAGAAGCAGACACCUUCUGGUAUGUUGGUCUUCUGGCUGAAUCUCUCAACAAGCUAGGAAGGCUAGAGAGUGCAGUCGACACAUUGAAACAGCGCCUCCCUGUCGAGCUCUUCGCUGUUGUCAACGAGACAAUCAACGAUGUUGACCAGAGACAUCCUAGCUCACUGCGUGGUGGCUCCAGCAAUACGCAGGGUCUUCACAUAUACGGCAGUCGGGAAACUCGGAUGCGGGCCGAUGUCAUAUACGACCUGUUGUGGACCUUGUACGGCAAAUUUGAAGCUAUUGCCGAAGGUCACCGGGUCUUCCACGAGUCUGUCAAGGCGCUCAUCCGAAGGGAAGGGGCUGGCAACAACUCGUCACUCCUUGGAAGCUUCAAGGAGUUAUGGAAUCUCUAUCAGAAUGAGAUUCGCUCUCUCCUCCACAACUAUGUUACGACAGAUGCGGAUGUGUACCACUCAACUUCGUCCCCCAGGCCAGGCGCAACGCCCAAUGGCAUCAAGGCGUUGUCGCGGGACCACCUAUUUAAGUUCUCCGAAGCCGACCAAAAGUCCAUUGAGAUGACAACCGAGUAUGAGGCGCUCGACGGCAUCAUACAGGCUGCUGUUCCGGGCCUCACAUCCAGUUCUCGCAAGACCCAAGCAUCUGAUAAGAAAAUGUCUUUGGUUGGGAAAGAGUCGCGGAAGAGCGCGCACGCCAGUACCGUCGAGAACAGAAACGUACCCGGUGCUCACAAGUCCCUCGUUGAACCAAGCGUGUUCAACAUGAGCCUCCUUCUGCCGCCAACGCUCGUAUUCCUCCAACGUCUAAAAGCUAUCGUGCCUCCAGGCUCCGAUCUGGCUGCGAGCACCUUGACGUCUUUCCUCGAUAACUUCCUGGUGAACGUCUUCCAACCACAACUGGAUGAGACUUUGGGCAAGUUGAGCGACACCGUGUUUGGAGAGGCAGAUUCGUAUCAGCAAGACUCGGAGUGGAGCUCUGUGGCUCGGCGUCCCGUGUUCAAAGGAACGACAGCCUUCUUUGCCAUCGUCACUGCAUUUUGUCGAAUGCUUGGGACAAUUCCGCAUGAUCAGGCCCUAAGCUCCCUGAUCAUUUCUCAGAUGAACCGGUAUUACGAGAGGUGCUUGGCAUGGUUCAAGUUAUUGGUCGCCAAGGCGCAGGAGGGUGCCACCUCAUCACAGUCGCUACGAUAUUCUGCAGAACUAGCCACUACCGAGGGCGACAUCCAGGAGACGAUCAAGAAGCUCUGGACCUCGGACGAUCUGGACCCUGAACUGAUAGAGAAAGAGGCCGGCUUGCUUAUCAUGGAGACUAAUGAACGGUCCCUCGACCCGAGCGAUAUUAUCCAGGACCGCGAUGUGAUCUCGUCAUUGUGUCUUCUUUACACGAGCAUGAAGUGGCUGUCAACCAAAGUUGCUGGCCUACGGCACAUAACCAGACAGGACACUGAUUCGUCUCGGUCCACCAUACCAAAGCAGCAGAAUCGUCGUUGGACUCUGCUUAACGAUCCUAACAAGGCCAAUGGUGAACAACAAGGUCCCGUGUACCUACCCAUGACACAGGAGACUGUUCAGUCAUUCGACGAAAUAGUAAAUUCUUAUGAAGAGCUUGCCGGCACCGUACUCCUCACUUUACAUAUGGAGAUCCGGUGCCGUAUAGUUCAGUCACUUCGCGUGGCUUUAUCUCCCGAGACGGCGCCCUAUGUCCUCGGGGACCGUGAAAUCAAGGAACCCGAUCCACAGAUAUUGUCGUUGAAUGCCGAAUUGGUCGCCUACGAUGAGACGAGUGUGCGUUUCCUGCGUGACCGCGAAAUUGCAUUCGUGCGAACAGGCCUCGGCCUACUCAUGAACUCAUAUCUCGUUGGCAACGCCUCGGCCACGCAACCGAUGAACCUGCGCGGCUGCGAGCGUAUGCAGCUCAAUAUCCUUGUGCUGCAACAGAAUCUCAAAAAUAUCGAAGAUGGCGUCGACUUGGCAAGAGCGUCAAACUACUUUAGCUUAUUCCAAGAAGGCCCCGAUGCCGUCGUCAACAAGGCCAAGCGGGACAAGGAGCGCGAAGCGGAGGGAGGCACCGUACCCGAGUCGGAGAGGUUCAGCUACGAUGAGCUCAAGGCCGUUGUCGAACUGUUCUACAGCGAGCAGGUUGCUGACGCCGAAAGAGGCGUUGCUGCCGCUGCCAAGAGGCAGAUGGGCGAGAAGGUGUUGGCAUUGAGCGAGUACAUGUGGCAGAGCUAA